CCUUCUUAUGUUUCAUUUUCUCCAGGUUCGGGAUGAGGUGAAUAGAUGCUCCUGUCCGAUGCAGUUCCCAAUGAUUCGAGAAGCAGAGGGAAAAUACAGGAUAGGAGACUCCAAUACACUCAUCUUUGUUAGGAUUCUUCGUAAGCACGUCAUGGUUCGGGUUGGCGGCGGCUGGGAUACCCUGACUCACUACCUUGAUAAACACGAUCCCUGCAGGUGUACAGUGCACAAGAAGAAUCAGAGACGAAGUACAGCUGGAGCAGACUUUGGACCAAGAAGCCCCAAAAGAAAGAGUUCAGUGAAGGCUUCUGAUGUCUACCACGCUCUCAACCAUAGUUCAGAAGGCACUACUUCUCCCACAGAGAGUGGAACCACACGAUCCAACUCGCCAACCAACUCAAUCAAUCAUGGGAUAAAGCCAGAUGUCCGUCCUCGAAGCGCGAUCAUGUCGCCGACGAGACGACAGAGCACCGGAGACACUUACCGUCCAAAUAGCCUAAAUCUUAGUGUCAGGAAUAGCCCACGUCCGUUGCGCAGAGGAAAUAGUUUUGAUUCAUCACCAAGGUUUGUGACAUCUCCGGACUCUAGUGACACUUACAGUAACCCUGACCUUGGUGGUAAUGUCACCCCAACAAAGGACUCCUCUACCUUGAAACGGAAUCAUAGCCGUUCAAACGCACGUAAGAUCACACCCGAUUCCGAUAGUACUGCUUGUAGCGAGUCAGUUCCUAUGAGCAUCGGUAGCCCUGUCCGAAGAAGAAAUGCAUCGAAGCAAUCAUCAUCAAAUAGCAACAGGACAUCGCAAACAGCAACAGAAGAGUUUAUGAGGCGUAAGAGGCAGCAGGCUCGAGUCCAGUCGAUGCAAGAAGCAGACUGUAAGCUUGAACGUGAAUCAUGCGUCCAGAGUGCGCCCACCAGCCCGACUAGGAGACGUGGUAACCCUCUGAGCACCAGUAUGAGAUCAGCAAGCAGGCCACGCGACUUGGUUAGGCGGGCUGCAGUAGGUGCAGCGGAAGAACGGCGAGUGGAAAAUGGAAGUGGACGGGAAUCUCGUGGAAAAACUGUUAAGACAACAUCCGAUUCCAAGGUACCCGUUAGAGAUUAUAGCAUGAGUCCUAGUUUAAGUAGAAGGAGUUCAACUCCAGGAAAUAUAUCACGAAAGUCACGCCCUCAGUCUGCGAAGACGAGUAGGGAAUUAGACAAAAAGCGUCUGUAUAGCUCAGAGGAACCUGUUUUGAUGAUCAAACGGGAUGACGGUGGAAGACAUAGGGUGGACAGCACCAGCAGCUGUGAAUCUAACGAUAGUAGUGUUAAAUCUGGCUCAAGAAGCCUUAGUGGAAUCCCCACGAGAAGACUCUCUGAAUCCAACCCAAAUAAGAACAGGCAUAGAAGUAUAUCUGUAGACAGAUCCAAUAAUAACUCUGAUAAAUUUGGUGCUGCUAGUGAUCGUAGGAGGAGUUUGUUCGAGCGAACACACAAUGAUCGUUCACGCAGUGAUCGUACACACAGUGAUCGUAAAAAAUCUCUUGAACGUUCAAACAGUGGUCAUCGAAAACCUUCGGUAGAACGACCAUCUCUACAGAUCCACAAGGUACGUUCAGAAAAUGUCCAACCGAGAUCAAGGUCGCUGUCCCGUGAUUGGCAAACAAAUAGUUUGCGACACCCCAAGACAAGCAGCAACAAGUCGCAGCAUCCUCUCUCGAGGAGCUCGUCAGCACGGGGUAGUCCUGUCCGCCGCAGAAGAUCAGACAUUCCACUCAAAUCCAACUUUCUACGACCUGACUCGUGGGAUGACGGAUCAAUCAGUAGUGGUGCCAGCUCACCUGUUGGUGGAGCAAGUGCAAGUGCACCACCAACAACAUCUAGGUCACGACUAAGACCGCCCACAGCCAUUCCGUCACACCUUAAACUUGACCACUCUACCAUGACAUCGGUGAGGUCAGACAGCCGUCGUGAUAGUCGUCCCACAAAAAUCCCUUUACCCUCUAGUCACAAGCGCCUCCUGGAAACCCAGAGCAGAUCCCGAUCCAACUCACUCCCAAACAUCCUUGCGGAUCUUCUUGAGGCUUGGCAGUCUGUUCAGAACAGCACUCAAGAGCUUCAGAACAUGGAUACUUUUGACAUGUCACCCUGUCGAAGUAGUGAAGGUGAUUCCAUCUCACCGACAUCCUCUGUGCGGACCGCACCAGACCUCAACCAUGACUCAGGUUAUGAGGACAAUGCUAUCCUCAAGUUCUCACCAAAUAUCGGCAACCAUCACCCUGUCCUUCCUUCUAUUGAUUCCACUGAUAGUUGAUUAAGUAGACCAAGAGCAUUCACCAAUUUAAAGUAAUCCUUUCUGAUGAUAAGGCUCUUGUUGCAAGCGGGUUACUUGGGUCAUCAUGCCAGCGCUAACCAUGUUGUAAAUUGUUGCAUUGGUCGUAGUGCGUUUGUAAAGCUUUCAUGCCAUAGCUUUAAAGAUAAAGAUUAUUGUAUAGAUAAAAGACUAUUAUUUAUUUUGAUCCAAUAUGUAAUAAUGUAUACUUGUUAUUAUGUACUGUCAUGUUGUUGGAAUAUGUAAAUGAGCUUUCCUAGUGGUCAUAAGAAGUGAGUUUGUGGAUGUGCGUGAAUCAUGUAGAAGAGAAAGCUUGCUCGUGAAGAAAAGUCCCGCCAUUAUUCCCUCGUUUGUGCCUUGAUUCUAAAUCUUGAGGCAUGACGUAAUGAUAUGAUAAUGUCCCGGUGUAAAGAAAAGAGAUUAGAACCUAGGCUAGUAAAAGUCCAAGGUAUAUCUGAAAAGUUUGAGAAUAAAGCGAAAGAAACAAUAGUGUCAAGUACUUUUUAAUGAAAUCUUGAAUGUUUUGUGCGAUAUGCAAGAUAUUACGAUAAAUAUGAGGAUAAGGAUAUGACGUCAUUAUUGAUCAUAGUGUUUGGUUACAUAUUACCGUGAAUGGAAAGUUAAUCACUGUAGAUUAAGCCAAGAUACAUGUAUAAAAAAAUUUGCAAAGAUAACUGUGAAAGUAAAAAAAUAUAUAAAUAAUUCAAAGUCGACAAUCGCUUUAUAAGUUGUGAAAUAAACAUUUUGAACAAAUGAAGUUUGUUCUUCUGAUGUUAAAGAUGUCGGUUAUGUUUUUUUUUUAUAUACGUGUAGGUAUAAAAAGUAAUAGUGCAUUGCGUAAGUAGACAAAAGUGGUGGGAAAAUAGUGAAUCUGUGGUUUAGUCCAAAAUGUAAAGAUUGUAGAUUCAUCAAAAACAUCUAAAUGAUGCUGCAUACCAUUCUUGUCAAAAAUUUUAACCCUUACAUUUAUGAUGUCAUUAUGAACUUGUGCAAAAGUCCUAUAGCUAUCGGAAUUGUUACAUCUGUAGAGUCUCUAAGUAAUGAUGUUGCAUUCUCCUGUGAGUAGUGGCGUAUCUAGGGGAAAAAAUGAUGUCCUAGUCCAACAUCUGAUAUCGGCGCUCUAGUAUCAAUUCGUAUGCAUCAUUUCAAUCCUUGACAUUCCGCUCACAGUAUCCCCGUUAUUCUAUUUAUCUUAAAAUCAUUAUUAUGUAGCGAUGUUUUAAGUCUAUGCAAUUGUGUACAAAAGGAUGACGAAAGUGCCUGCUAUUGCUUUUUAGUUGGCUUUGUAAUUCUUUUCCUUUUGGGUUUUUUGUAAUGAUCAUUUUGACUUCCCUUUUUACUUCCAUACAUUUUGCUCCUUUAUAUAUUUUGGCUGAAACGUACAUGUACUGACAUCACAUCCAAUUACGGUUGCUAAAAUAUUGAUGCGACACAUUAUUUUUGGUGAAAAUAAAAUUAUGUUGAACUCUGUCUUUUGAACUGCAGAUUUUUUAAAUCUAUAUUUUGAGGCAAUAGAACGCAUAAUUGGCGAUGUAAUGAUUUGAUUAUAUUAAUUUGUAUAAAAUGUACAUAAAAUAUUGAAAUACAGAUUUAUGGAGAUGUGUUUAUCGUAGCAAAGAAAUUUCCCCAAGGCGGAUUGGAAAGACAAUGACGUAUUAAUUGAUCGUAUUUUGUUUUAUGUUUAUUUUAUUGUCGUACUGUACAUGUAGAUUCAUUAUGUUGUAUAUGGUCCUAUAUAUUUACCAUUUGUCUUGAUGUUACUCUAUACUUCAUUACUUUGCAGUUGUGUUAUCAUUUUCAGUAUAUAUUUUUCACCUCUUUUUUUAUUAAAAAGAUACAUGUAUGUGUAUCCAUUUUCAUGAUUUUCCACGUCGUGGGUUCCCUGUAAAAAAUAUAUAAAAGAGAUGUUUAGAAGACACGUCAUAAUCUUAAGAUUAUAUGAAAAUAUAGCAGUAUAAACAAUCAGUUGACUGAUGAAAUAGAUAAUUAAUCAAUUAACUAAUUACCUUAUCAACCUUUAAGUAUAAUGUUUUUAUAAUUUGGCAACGGCUGCCCAUUUUAAUACAAUCAAUUACGGGCCUCUGCCGUUGCUACUUGUUGAUAUUUAAAAAGUAAGAAGUUAACUUUUGGAGCAAAUACAAUAUCAAUGUAGAUUAAAGAGAUAUAUAUUCCCUUUGUUUAAGUGAGAACAUUUGUUUAAAAAUUAUAUUUUUAACCAACUUCUCAAGAAACAAUACUUCUGUACCUUUCAUAUAUUUAAAGUUUUUAGAUCAACUAGAUUAUAAUAUGCCCCUUAUUGGCUAUUGAUAUUGAAAAUAAAAUGUCGCUUGUUGAGUAAUAACCCACAUUUUUUAAAAGUAGAAUAAAUACAAAUCUAGGAGAUUCUUUUUUUUCAUUAGUGUUUAUAAUCAAUCCAGUUCUCAACAAACGAUUCAGUUCUUCCUUAAAGUGUUAUUCCAUUUAAACUUCUGGAAUUUUAUGCCCCUUUAUUGCCUGAUAAUAUUCAAAGAAAGAAGUAGGCCUAUUUGUUUAGUUUGCCAGAUUUGUUUAGCGAAUGAAUUCAAAAUCAAUGACGUUGAUAUUCCCCUAUGUUUAAAAAUCUUAAGCAUAGUAACCUUUAAAAUCUUAGUUCACCCAUAACUCAAAAGAAAUUAACUUUGUGAGUACUGCUAAUUUAACUUCACUUAUUGCAUUUUGUAUGUCCCAUAUAUUUAAAACGAUAAUUCAAUUAUGUUUAGCUACCUGUACUUUCACAGAAAUUUCUUUAGAGAUCGUUUUUCAUAACUAGUAUCCCCAUAAUGUAUUGAUCUUUAAAAGAUUUUAUUUUUCAAUCAAGAUUCGGUGAAAUCACUUGCUAUUUCUUUUAAUGUUUUUGUUCAUUUAUAGAAAUGAUAUUAUUGUUUGUCUGUAUUGUCCCUAUACUGUAAGUUAAAAGAAGUGUAACUUCGACUUCUAUUGAUCUACUCAAUCUUUCUGUGUUUUGUUUUCUCAUUGUGUGUUACGAAACAUCGUCUGAAAUAAAUAUGCUGGCCUGAAUGAUAAA